AUGAGGGCUAGGAGGGAAGCGAAGAAGAGGGAAAAGGCAAUGAGUCAUGGAGGUUCAGUUGGUUUAGUUGAUGGGUUGGUAUGUGCGGAUGAAUUAAGUGGUAUGAAGAGGACUUCGAAAAAGUGUGAAUGUCAUGCCCGUGUUUAUGCUAAAGUUAACGAAGAUGGCUUGUGGGAGUUGAAGAGCGUGGAACUAAAGCAUAAUCACGCGAUUGAUCCGGCAAAUUAUAAGCUUGUUAAGGAGUACCGCAUGAAGCAAAUGACCUGCAAAGCGAAGAAGACGCUGACAGAUUUGUACGAGCAAGGUGUACCAGUUUCUCAAAUACACGGUAUCAUGGCGACCGAACGGAAGGGUAACAUGGAUCUGACGUUAAAAGAUUUACAACAUGAGGUGUACAAGGCUAGGCAGUUGAAGAUGGUUGGAGGGGACUCGGUGGAAAUGAUGGAGUACUUUGACAAAAUGCAAACCGGGAACCAAAAUUUUUUCCAUGUUCAACGUUUGGAUGAAGAAGGGAGGCUUAAGGAUGUGUUGUGGGUGUAUGCAAGAAGUAGGGUAGCAUAUGAGGACUUUGGUGAUGCGGUUUGCUUCGACGCAACAUACCUAACGAAUGAGUACGAGCUCCCGUUUGCGAACUUUGUUGGUGUGAACCACCAUGGGAAAUCGUUGUUGUUGGGAUGUGCUCUUGUUUCACAUGAAGACUGCGAUACGUUCACGUGUAUAUUUCGACAGUGGUUAGCUUGCAUGAACAAUCGAGCUCCUAAAGCCAUAUUGACCGACCAAGUGGAAGCUAUGCGGAGGCCCCUUGCUGAAGUCAUGCCAAACACGGUGCAUCGUUGGUGCAUAUGGCAUAUCAUGAGCAAGAUCCAUGAGAAACUUGGCAAGUGUGCACGUUACCAGGACUUCGUCAACCCCCUCAAAGAGCUGGUAUAUGAGAGCUUUGACCCCGAGGAGUUUCAAACGCGAUGGGCAGAGUUUAUUGUCGAGUAUAAGUUGGAGGACAAUGAAUGGCUACAGAGCAUAUGUGGGUGCCUGCAUACAUGA